CUAGUGGGAGGCACUUGAAGCAAACGCCAUACUCUCUCCACACACAAAGCUGCUGUGGCCAGUCUGUUUCUUUUACUUUAACUAUGGCAGAAGAAGAGGCUGGUAUUUUUGUCAACCAGGAGCAGUUCAGCUGUCCCAUCUGUAUGGAACUCCUGCGAGACCCCGUAACCAUUCCUUGUGGACACAACUACUGCAUGGAGUGCAUUAAGACCUUCUGGGAGCAGAAGAACCAGAGGAAGUUGUGCAGCUGUCCACAGUGCAGGCAAACUUUCUCCCCGAGACCUGCACUCAACAAAAACACUCUGUUUGCUGAAGUUGUUGAGAGACUGAGACAUACUGGAAUUCGUUCCCACACCCUACCUGGAGUUAAGAAUGAUGAAGACAUUGCAAAAGAAAAGCAUGAUCUCGUCAUCUUCUGUGAGCAAGAGCUUAAGCGGUCACAGAGGAGAUACCAGCAGGUCAUAAAGGAGCGCGAGACGGAGCUACAGGAUCUGAGUCAAGCCGUAGUGUCCCUCAGGAGCUCUGCCCAGGCAGCGGUGGAGGAUACGGAGAAGAUCUUCACUGAGCUGAUUCAGUCCAUUGAAGCUCUUUGUUUUGAGGCGACGGAGAUGAUCAAAGCAAAGGAGCAGAAGGAAUUAGACGAGGCCCAUGGAUUUAUGGAGAAACUGGAGCAGGAAAUCUCAGAGUUCAAGAGGAGAGAUGCUGAAUACGACACUAUUGCACGCCUUGAUGAUAAAACUCAGUUCCUCAAGAGUUAUGAAACACUGUGUAGUCUGCCAGAGUUGGUGACCUCUCCUGCAGUUCUAGCCAAUCCAGACUUCUGUUUCAAUAUGGUGUCAAGAAAACUCACAGUUCUGAGUGAGGACAUUAAAGAUCUAUGCCUAAAAAAAAUUGAGAAAUUAUCGAAAAAAGUGUCAAACCUCAAAUUUAUUCCUACCCCUGAACCCAAAGUCAGGGAGGAGUUCUUGGAAUAUUCGGGUUCCCUGACUCUAGACGUGAACACCGCCCACAGAAACCUCAGCGUUUGCUCAGAGAGUGGAGAGGUGACGUUCAUCAAAACAUCUCUGUCCGUUCCUGACCACCCAGAGAGGUUUGAUAACUAUAGCCAGGUUCUGUGCAGAGAGAGCGUGACCGGCCGUUGUUACUUCGAGGCCGAGUGGAGCGGUAAGGGUCCUGUGCACAUCGCAGUGUCCUAUGAGGACAUCAGCAGGAAAGGAAAGAAUACCCAGUGUGCAUUUGGACACAACACCCAGUCGUGGAGUCUGGUGUGCUCUGAGGAUACCUACACAUUCUGGCACUGUGGAAAGGAAACUAAGAUUCCCAAAAUGCAGUGGGCUCACAGGGUUGGCGUUUAUGUCGAUUUCUCGGCAGGGAUUUUGGAAUUUUACAGCAUCACAGACUCGAUGAAUCUUAUCCACAAAAUUCAGACUGCAUUUGCUCAACCGCUCUAUCCUGGCUUCAGGAUUAACACUGGAUCCAGUGUGAGACUUUGCUAUCCACUAUAGUGGCAUAUAUAUAUAUAUAUAUAUAUAUAUAUAUAUAUAUAUAUAUAUAUAUAUAUAUAUAUAACACUCCCAUGGCAUUUCAUAACUAUUUUACAUUUUAGCGAAUUAGUGGCUAAUUCGUACAGUUUUGUACACUACACAGUUAGGGUUGGACCUUCGUUAAGUUUUUAUUUUUGUUAAGUCACCAUGAAAUCAAAGUUAGCCAUUUUUAAUUUUUGAAUGUUGCAAAUGUAUUAUAAAUAAUGUAUCCGUGCACAUCAUAAUUUUUUAAUUUGUUCUCAUAAUCCUUAAUUAAAAUAAUUCACUCACAUGAAAUUGACCAAUAGCAAACCACAAUCAUCCAAUCAAUUCCCCAUGGACAAAAUUGAGUCCCACCCUACAUUUAUAUUUCUUGUUUGAAAUGUACAUCACAAUAGGGAACAAAAGAUUAUCGUACCUUCUGUUUCAUGCCGACUUUGAAUUAAUCACAUCAUACAAAUUCAUACAAAGUCGCCACCUCGUAAAAUUGUUCAAUUUUCUCAUGAGAUAAGCUUGUAAAUGUUAACGAAAGUUAGACUUGGUUGGGUGUGCUAUCUUGAAAUCUGUUUAAAAAAAAAAUAAAUAAAUAAAUUCUGGGACCUGUUGUA